CACAACUGACGCAACGGCAGAAACUGGCAACUACUGGCAACUGCUGGCAACAGCGACAACGGCGACAACAGCAGCUCGGCGGUUCGGGUUCAGUUCGGGACUGCGCAUAGGUCCUUGGCUCUUUUUCACUCACUGUGAUUCCCUGUGAACAACUAGCCGCGAUGUCUUCGCCUCUGGAAGCUCUCGAAACGAAUUUGGAGAUGUUCAUCGAGAACGUGAGGCAGCUAGGGAUCAUCGUGAGCGACUUCCAGCCGCAGGGUCAGACGACGCUCAACCAGAAGAUCAACCACAUCGUGACCUUGAUGCAGGAAGUGGACAAGUGCAAGCCGCAGGUGCAGGACAUCCAGGUGCCGCUCGAAGUGUUCGACUACAUCGAUCAGGGUCGCAACCCGCAACUCUUCACCAAGGACUGCAUGGAGAAGGCGCUGGCCAAGAACGAGCAGGUCAAGGGCAAAAUCGAGUCCUACCGACGCUUCAAGGCACUGCUCCUGCUCGAGCUCAGCAAGGUGUUUCCCACCGAAAUGGCCAAGUACAGGGCCAUUCGGGGUGACGAGAGGCCUGCCACGUAGCGCUCGGUAGUCGGCCCUUCAUGCUUGUAAAUACCCCUUCAUGUGCGAUAAAGGCGUCCGCGGGCACGUGGCCAUGUUCACCCUGACGCUUGACAACGGCUCGGUUACCCCAGUCAUGCCCCAGUGCUGUGCCUUCGCUGCCUUCGCUCUGCCGUUGCCAGUCACCUGGUGUAAAGGCCGGUUCGCACAUUUGGGUCUGACAUUUAUGUCCGAAUGCGUUGUGAUGUAUUGUAAACGCUGGAGUUAUCUCGGGUAGACGCGUGGACCACUUCCAACCUGUUUAUAACCAGACUUCAAACCUGCGCACUGUCUAUGAAUGAUAGUCUCGUAUAACAUUGUUGGAAUUAUUUCGAGCACACGGUAAAAGCAUGCUGCAUAAAAAGUAAAAAAAAAAAAAAAAAAAAAAA